CACAGAGCUGUCUCUGGAGGGUGGGAGGUACGUGGAGGAGGAGAUGAGGAGAGCGCUGAUGGGAGUGAAACAGAUGAAGGAGAUCAUGGAGAGGAAUGAGGAGAAGCACGGUCACCUCAUGAAGACCCUGAAGCACAGCAGCGAGAAGAAAAAGGGGGCAGCACAGUUGGCCAAAGAGGUGGAGCAGAAGCUGGGGGAGGCGGAGCAGCACUGCCAGGAGUCACUGAAGUCCUCCUGGGAGGAGUGUCGGCCCUGCCUGGAGGAAGUCUGCAAGGCCUUCUACACCUCCACCUGCAGACGCGGCUUCUCCGCCUUCACCUACAAGGUGGAGCAGUUCUUCCAGAAGAUGACCUCCCUGGCCAAUCAGGAGGUCCUGCUGGUGAACGGCAGCUCUGAGGACCUGGACGUGGAGGUGCUGCAGGUGGAGGACUCCUUCGGCAGGCUCCUGCGUCGGGUGGGCAGCCUGUACGACCGGAGCGUGGCGCUGGCGACCAGCAUGCAUCAGGAGUUCGCCCAGGUGUUCCGUGCGGUCUUCUCUCCGGAGACCAGCGGGGGCAGCGUUGAGCACCUCGCUCAGGCACAGGGAGAGCCGGAUUCCUCGGACUUCUUCCAGGGCGUCGGGCUGGACGAUGUGCUGGAGACCUUCUUCAAUUUCAGCAGGAGCGUGCUCCAGGAGUUCAGCUCGGCCGUCACGCAGGUGUUCGACGACAUUCACCAGACCUUCCAGGAAUCGGCCGUGCAAAAUGAUAAAAAGGCGUUCCCUCGCUGGGUCCCGUCCCGGAGCAGACAGCUGUGCGCAGAUCUGCGCAGACAGACGUCCGAGUGCUGGCAGCUGAGCAGCCGGUGUGCGCCCUGCCAGGGAAAACUGCUGGAGGAGUGCCCCAGUGUGCGCGACCUGCAGGUGGAGCUGAGCGAGGUGUCCCAGCUGCUCCAGGUGGCCAGCCAGCAGUACGAGGAGGUGCUGCAGAUCGUGAAGCACCACACGGAGGACACCGUCAGCUGGCUCAGCAACAUGGCCUCCAGCUUCGGCUGGGUCGCAGAGCUCACCCUCAACAGCACUGGGGAGCCGGAGAACUUCUUCAGCAUCUCCACAGUGGUUCCCCAGCCAGAGGCUGGUGAUGACAGCACGGUGGAGGUGAACAUCCUGAGCUCCCCCCUGCUCACCCUGAGCGUACCUGCUGAGCUGCAGGUGGACGACCCCGCCUUCAUCCAGUACGUGGCCCAGGAGGCGCUGGGCAGGUACAAGCUCCUGCUCAGGCACGAUGAAGACUGAGCUGACUCAAACCCUGCCUGUGUCGACACGUCCCAGCACAGAUCCCAACGGCAGCCCUCCCGUCUAAUCCUCAGACUGUACUUCCCAACAUGAAGGCACUUGUGUUUCCUGCAGUACCAGGUUCACGGCGUGCUAGCUAAACACAAACUAUAUUUACAUAAUGUGAAAAGUAAACAAAACAUUCAUUAUCUAUUGAUAGUUUGUUGUUAAUGUGUUAUAUAUUUGUAAACUUAAUUUAAUGUGUGCUAUACAAUUGAGUAUCAAUUCCUGGUGUUUUGAUUAAAUUAUUAAACCAUGAA